GCUGUGAUUGCGUCAGGCGGAAGCUGGGUCCAUUUCCUGUUGUGGAGUGCGGAGCUCUGUGUCCGUGUUUUUUUUUUCUCCGGGAGGUUUGUCUGUUCUGCGGCCGGCACCAUGGCGAUGCAAGCGGCGAAACGUGCCAAUAUCCGUUUACCACCUGAAGUGAACAGGAUAUUGUACAUCAGGAAUUUGCCCUAUAAAAUCACUGGGGAGGAAAUGUACGAUAUCUUUGGAAAGUACGGACCUAUUCGUCAGAUCAGAGUGGGAAACACGCCGGAGUCCAGAGGCACUGCAUAUGUGGUCUAUGAAGACAUCUUUGAUGCCAAAAAUGCCUGUGAUCAUCUGUCUGGUUUUAACGUCUGCAACAGAUACUUGGUUGUCUUGUACUAUAAUGCAAACAGGGCAUUCCAGAAGAUGGACACAAAGAAAAAAGAAGAGCAGCUCAAACUUCUCAAAGAGAAAUAUGGAAUCAACACCGACCCACCCAAAUAAUCCCACUUAAUUUUGCUGAUUUUUACCCCCCCCCACCACACUUUUUUUUCCUUCUUUUGUUUGUUUUUAAAACUUUGCCAGUUCCUAAAUACAAGGAGUUGUGGAAGGGAUACAGUAUAUGGACUAAUUUAUCUUUAUGCAACUCUUCCCUUGAGGAGUGAAUAUGUUGAAACUGAUCUGUCACCAGACGCUGCUUUGCCUUUACUUUAAGGUCCGGCUUCCACAUACCUAUAGUUCAUUUUUGAUGAGCGCUGAAGUUUUCAUAUUUCUGGUGAGAUUUUUCUGGUGUCCUUGUUGCAGACAUAUUAUAAGGCCAAGCUACAUGGCCAUCCUCCUUCCCUGUGAAAAUGGGAUCAUUCUGUAAUGGCUCUGCAAACUGACAGAAGUUAGAUCUCCGGUGCAGUAUUGUAACCUGGAGUUCAUGAGCGAUAGAAGAAAGCAUGCCAAUUCACCUAAAACCAUAUUAUCUGGUAUGGAAAAAAUGUAAAACUCAAUUGGAAUAAAAAAAAAACCAAGGUGACAUAAACACUGCAUGAAAACAGUAGAGGCUAAGUUGAUAAUUAGGUGUGAUCCUGUUAAACUUUUUAUUCUGGUGUUUGUGGAUUGAGCCUUUAAGCAUUUUUUUGCUCCCUCUGCAAAAAACAGAAUUUCCAGUCUGGAGGCUGCUAAUUGGACCUCUCCCUGAACAGUGCCUCAAUAUGCCGCCCAUGUCCCCUUCUCAUGGCAAAGCUCAUGCUCCCUGCUGAUUGUGCUACUGUGGCUCUGUUUUCAUGCAGCCUGAGUUUAUUGCUCACUUUAUCUUCAUGUUCAUGGUCAGGUGUAAAUAAAGUAAGUUUUCCUGGCAAUACAGAACAUUAUUGGAACCUGUUGGUGAGCUAAUUGAAGGCAUUGAUAUGUUGAUUCUUCGGGGUAGUGUCUUCGAAGACGAUGAAAGAAUUCCUUAAAGGUCUGCUAGGUUUUCAUUCACCAAAAUGCAAUGUAUUUGUGUCAUUGUAAUUAAACCUUUUCCACAGUAA